ACUUCCUGUGGAGUUUCCCCAGUCCUGGGAGGAGGGGGAAGAGGACGAGGGGGAGGCAAGCGGUCGUCCGGGGUUAGACCCGUUCAGGGUGUCGGUCCGUUCAGGGCGGGUGAUGACUCACGGCCCAUCCCAUCUUCCCGACGCCGCCCGCCCGCGCAGAGCUAGCUCCAUGGCUUAACGGAGGAGGCAGUGGCGAGCGGGGGGAGGGGGACUCUUAUUUUGUUAGGGGGACCGGGCUAAGGCCCGACCGGCCUGGCAGGGCUCGCCCGGGGCCGGGCGUCAUGUCUCAUGCAGCCGAGCCAUCUCGGGACGCCGUAGAGGCCAGCGCGGAGGGCCCUCGAGCCGUGUUCUUGCUGUUGGAAGAGCGCAGACCAGCCGACUCAGCCCAGCUGCUCAGCCUGAAUUCUUUGCUUCCGGAAUCCGGGAUUGUUGCUGACAUCGAAUUAGAAAACAUCCUUGAUCCUGACAGCUUCUACGAGCUCAAAAGCCAACCCCUGCCCCUCCGCUCCAGCCUCCCACUAUCACUGCAGGCCACACCAACCAGCCCAGCCACACUCUCUGCAUCGUCUUCUACAGGGGGCUCCAGGACCCCUGCCAUGGCAUCGUCAUCUUCAUCACGGGUCUUGCUGCGGCAGCAGCUGAUGCGGGCCCAGGCCCAGGAGCAGGAGAGGCGUGAGCGGCGGGAACAGGCAGCCGCCGCCCCCUUCCCCAGUCCGGCACCGGCCUCACCAGCCAUCUCUGUGAUUGGUGUGUCUGCUGGUGGCCACACAUUGGGUCGUCCACCCCCAGCUCAGGUGCCCAGGGAGGUUCUCAAGGUUCAGACCCACCUGGAGAACCCCACACGCUACCAUCUCCAGCAAGCUCGCCGGCAGCAGGUGAAACAGUACUUGUCUACCACACUUGGGCCCAAGCUGGCUUCCCAGGCCCUCACCCCACCACCAGGGCCUGCCAGUGCCCAGCCACUUCCUGGCCCUGAGACUGCCCAUGCCGCUGGUCCGACAGGCAGUGCUCCGAACAGCCCCAUGGCACUGCUCACCAUUGGCUCCAGCUCAGAGAAGGAGAUUGAUGAUGUCAUUGAUGAGAUCAUCAGCCUAGAGUCCAGUUACAACGAUGAGAUGCUCAGCUAUCUUCCCGGAGGCACAGCAGGGCUGCAGCUUCCCAGCACGCUGCCUGUGUCAGGGAAUCUGCUCGAUGUGUACAGCAACCAAGGAGUGGCCACCCCGGCCAUCACUGUCAGCAAUUCCUGUCCGGCCGAGCUACCUAACAUCAAACGGGAGAUCUCUGAAACCGAGGCAAAGGCCCUUUUGAAGGAACGACAGAAGAAAGACAAUCACAACCUAAUUGAACGACGCAGGCGAUUCAACAUUAACGAUAGGAUCAAAGAGCUGGGCACCCUCAUCCCCAAGUCCAAUGAUCCGGAGAUGCGCUGGAACAAGGGCACCAUCCUGAAGGCCUCUGUGGAUUACAUCCGCAAACUGCAGAAGGAACAGCAACGCUCCAAAGACCUGGAGAGCCGGCAGCGAUCCCUGGAACAAGCCAACCGAAGUCUGCAGCUCCGCAUUCAGGAGCUAGAACUGCAGGCCCAGAUCCAUGGUCUGCCAGUUCCUCCUACCCCAGGACUGCUCUCCCUAGCCACUAGUUCCGCCUCUGACAGCCUCAAGCCAGAGCAGCUGGACACUGAGGAGGAAGGCAGGCCGAGCACGACAGCAUUUCAUGUAGCAGGGGGACCUGUCCAGAAUGCGCCUCAGCAGCAGCCUCCAGCGCCACCCUCCGAUGCUCUUCUGGACCUGCAUUUUCCCAGCGACCACUUGGGGGACCUGGGGGAUCCCUUUCACCUGGGGCUAGAGGACAUUCUGAUGGAGGAGGAGGGGGUGGUGGGAGGACUGUCAGGGGGUGCCCUGUCCCCGCUGCGGGCUGCCUCUGACCCCCUCCUUUCUUCAGUAUCCCCGGCUGUGUCCAAGGCCAGCAGCCGCCGCAGCAGCUUCAGCAUGGAGGAGGAGUCCUGAUCGGGUCUCUCUCCUCCCCUUGGACUGCCCCCACCCAGGGAAGGAGGACAAGCCUGGAGGAGACACCUUUUUUUCCCUACCCUCCUGUGAGACUGCCCUGUCCAGGAAAUCUGGGGGAAGAGGAGUUACAAUUAGGCCCCGCCCCUAUAAAAGGCAAGGAGGAGGAGUCAGGUGAGGCCCUGCCCCUUUUCCAAAGGAACCGCCCUGAGCAGGUAUUUCUGAGGGAGAAGGCCGAAGAGAGCUGGGGAAGCUGGGUUCAUCUCCUGAGAGUCGGCCCUAUUCCUGCCUAGGUGAGGGAAGGAGGCGGGGUAAGGUUGUGGCCCUGGCUACUCGGGACUCUUAGGUCUCCCAAGGAAAGGAGAUGCCAGGAUGCUACUCCAUCCCAUCUCUGGGAAUUGCCAGUCCAGCUUUUCCUGGUACUGGAAGAAGAGAAGUAAAAAUGAUGGUGUCCCAGCCCUGGAGGCUUAAACCCUAACCCUUCCUUAUGACCCCUGCCUGGCUCUGGCAAGGAACCUAAAUAAGGGUGUAAGGGUGUGGUCCAGGCCGCUCUCCUGACAGUCAUCCCUUCUCUGUAGGUAAAGCCCAGCACAGGUAUUUCAGGUAUGGAGGAUCUCCCAUGUAGAGGCCCCGGCCCCAGCCCUGACCCCUAGCAAAUGCCUUGCGAGCAUUCCACUCAGCAGGGAGGAACAGUUCCUACCUCCCUGCCUUAACCUGGGGCCAACCUGGGACCGGACCUAGGAGGGCUCUGGGCUGACCUUGUUCUUGGGGAAGGGAACAGGUGGAAAUCUUGUGGAGUGACUUUCUAGACCUAGAUUAAGAGUGAGAUUUAGGUCCUCACCCUUGGGGGCAUGAUAGAGAUUAGUGUGAACCCAGUCUAGGCACCCUAAAAUACUACCCCAAUACCUCCCUUCAACUUGUAGAAAAUGGUAAAGAAAGGGCGUGUCCAGGCUGUUUCCUACCCCGGGGGGGAAAAAAUGAAGUCUCUCCUAAAAAUCAGGGGCCCUGGAGGAAGGGUAGCAAGAGUACCCCUUAUUUGUUUAUGAGAUUUUUUUAUUGAACCCUCCUCAGAAACUCAGUCAGCCCUGACCUCUGCCACCUCCACACAGUUUUCCAUUUAGGGGACCACCCCUGUUUCAGAGCCAGUCUCCAACAGCCCAAUCUCUGCCACCUACGCCCGAGGUCCUCAGCUUUCAAUUGCUGGGGCCAGGCCCCAAGGAGGGUUUCCUGAGGGGUCCUGUAGGUUUGUGACUAAAAUAAUAAAUGCUAGGCGUGUUUGAUGCGCUUUUAACUUUG